GUCGCGCGCGCUUACUCGUCAGUGAUGCUGCGGGCCACGGCGCAGUCGGUGUCGCUCGUGCUGGCGUCGCUCCUGGCGGCGGCGGCGCAGCCGGCCAAAGACGUGCUGGUCGCCGCCCUGCUGCCGCCGCUGGCCCCAGGGGAGGCCGCCCCCGCCUCGGACGUGGGCGGCGCGUGCAGGCAGCACGCCGCUCUCUACCGCACCGCCCUCCAGCAGCUGCAGCCCUGGGCCAUGCGCAUGUACGACGCGAGCGCGAAGCUGUCCGGGGGCGUGCUGACGGGCGCCGUGUCGCAGCUGGGCCAGCUGGAGGAGUGCCUGGCGGUGCGCGGACCCGCCUCCAGGACCGCACCGCCGCCCUUCGCCGGCCGCCACUGCACGGCCUCGCUCAGCGCCGCCCUGCUGCCCCUGACCGCGGCGCCGCCGCCCGCUCAGGGGUCUCUGCGGGAGCUCAUCCUGGCCGUCGCUGCAGCAUCGGACAUGGACGUGCAGACGCUGACUGGCACGGUGACGUACAGGUGGUCCUUCUGCGUGCCGUCCACGUGCUCGGCAACCGACGUGGAGGCGGAGCUCGCAGCCAAGCUGUCGCCUCUGUCUGAAGACCCGACGGCCAACAUCAGCCUCUCGGUGCCGCCCUCUGCCUGCCUCUCCGCCGCCGACACCGCGGAGCCUUUGUCGCCAGAACUCAUAGCUUUCCUGUGUCUGGUGGCGCUCCUAGCGGCUGUGGUCGUUUUUGGAACUGCAUUGGAUGUUUUUACCGCAAGGGAGAUGCAGCCUCCACGCUGGCGGCGGGCGGCGUGCGCCUUCUCGCUGCGCGCGUCCUGGAACACCCUCUUCAACGCCGGAGGCUCUGGGGGCGGCCGCUUCGAGUCCUUCGACGGGGUGCGGGUGCUGUCCAUCCUGUGGAUCGUGCUGGGCCACACCUACUACAUGACCGCUGUGCAGCCGCUCGUCAACAGCAUAGAGAUCGCCGAUUGGCACGAGAUGUGGUACCGCAUGCCGCUGAUGAACGGCACCGUGUCCACGGACUCGUUCUUCGUGCUGGGGGCGGCGCUGCUGGCGAUGGGGUUCCUGCGGGAGCGCGAGAGGCGACAGGAGCGGGGGCGGCGCCUGGGGGCGGAGCUGUGCCGCGCCGCGGCGCUGCGCUACGUGCGCCUGACGCCGCCCUACGCGCUCGUCGUCUUCUUCUACGCGGCCGCGCUGCAGCGCCUCGGCACAGGACCCCUCUGGGACUCCGUGGUGGGGCCGGAGGUGAACUUCUGCCGCCACUCAUGGUGGGUCAACAUGCUCUACCUCAACAACUACGUGCACCUCGACCAGCCGUGCAUGAACCAGACGUGGUACCUGGCGGUGGACAUGCAGCUCUUCCUGGUGGGGCUGCUGCUGCUGACCGCCGUGUGGCUGUGGCCGCGGGCCGCCCCCCUCGGCCUGCUGGCCGCGCUGGUGGUGGCCGUCGUGACGCCGCUGGCCAUCGCCGCCGCCUACGACCUCACCGGCUCCAUGCUCUACGCCACUGACGACGCCAUGCUGUGGCAGGUGUUCAGCCUGCUGUACACGCCCUCGCACACCCGCGCCGGGCCCUACAUCGUUGGUCUGGGACUCGGCUACACACUGCAUCGUCUCAAGGGCAAGCAGUUGCGCCUCACCGUGUGGCAGGAGGUGGCGCUGUGGGCGGCGAGCGCCGCGGUGUGGGUGCUGGCGGUGCCGAGCGCGCUGCCGCUGUACGGGCGGUGGCCGGCGGUGCCGCAGCCGUGGUCGGCGCUGUACGCCGGCCUGCAGCGGCCGCUGUGGUCUCUCGCGCUCGCCUGGAUGCUGCUCGCCUGCUGCAAGGGCCGCGCGCGCCCCCUGCAGUGGCUGCUCGGGCUGCCGCUGUUCCGGCCCCUCAGCGCCCUCGUCUACUGCGUCUACCUCACGCACUACGCGCUCCUCAUCUACGUCGACGGCAGCGUGCGCACCGCCGGGUUCCUGUCCGACUUCGGAACGAUCCAGUCGGCCAUCGGCGUGCUGGUGACGUCACUGGGCGUGUCGCUGGUGCUGCACCUCACUGUGGAGCUGCCCACCGUCGCGCUGUCCAAGGAGUUCCUGCGCCCGCCUCCCCCGACGGGUACCAAUCAAGCGCGGGCGACUGCCGUCGCCAAAGGCGGGGUGGACUCGCGCGCCGAGGAGCACGCCGUGGACGUCGGCUGCUACGAGAACCAGGGCCUCGACCUGUCCCUGGACAAGCAGGCACCCUCACAGCCCAGCACAGAGGCGACCGCCUCGCAACCCUGAGGCUACACAGCGUCCAGCAGCUGGUGCUAGAACCUUCUUCUCGCGGCAUGCGGCCUGCCUGUAGAGACAAACAACACGGGUGUUAGUGUUGUGGAAACGAGCAGGACACACUGUUGCACAAUACGGUGUUAUGUUCCUGUUGGGACACCUGAAUUUCAACAGAUAAAUUUACAAUGCAGGGUUUCCUGUGUUUGAAAUGGACGUUGUUGUGAAAGUCGUAAUAAAGGUUUCGCUACGUGCUGCGGCUACGAUAGUUUCGCCUACUAGUCGACAGUUACCGUAAUUUCAUAGUAGUACUAUUGCUAGGGUAGGAUUGUCAGCAGCGCUGGAUCGGUCCCCAUAUUUGUAUACACCCAUGGGACCAAAUUUAUUUUAGCUGUAUGAUGUAUUUAUUACUCUUGUACCUGAAUAGUAUAUUCCACUGCAAUUGAUCGUUGCCAUUUAAGGUUUGAAGAGUUCUAUUUUUAUAUUAUAAUUCCUGCCUUGCCGAGUAACAAAAUAUUGAAAAUACAGGGUUCUAAAUGCAUAUGGAAAACGUAGGUGGGAAUUCGAUGCCAGUCAUCGUUAAGUAUAUCACGGGAUUCACCUUUGUUACUUGUCCCAAACGUUUUACAUAGCAAAACAAGAUCUUCUGUAGACGUAAGUUCCUAUUACAACGUACUUAAAAGCUUUUAACAUCUUUUUUAAGCUUAGACAAUAUUUAUCCGGAAGCUAGUUACGGGUUCACUCUAUCAGAACUUUUAUUCGUCAGGCAAAUAAAUAGUGUAGACUACGAAUCAUUGACAUGGUUGUGAUCCGGGGCAGCUUUAACCUGUAAGAGAUAUCUAGAUAUCUUUAUUUUUUUAAUUUGACAACCACCUACCACAGGUUUCCAUUGAUAUACUGUCUAAAUUGUUUAAGAUUUAAUAUGUUAGUUCUUAGUAUGCUGUUUAUUAAGAUACAGGUAACUCCAUAUUUCUGAUUAAAAUGUUUUUUGUGUGGUGCUUAAAAGUUCCUAAUGAUGUUUACAGCUGCAGCUGGUAAUUGGAAACUGUCUUUCAGGCAUACUAAUUUGCAUAAAACACAAAGAACAAAAAUUGUAAAUAAAAUUUUGACUGCAAUAAAUAAGUUUUUACGCGGG